AGAUGUUACUAAAUUAAUAAAACCAUAAUGAUUCCACACACAUACUGAGGAGAAGUUUGAAUAAUUUAAUAAAAUUUAAGAAAUUCGAAAAUUUGUAAAAUUUUAUUUUAGUUAGUAUUUUAUAUUAUACUUAUUAUUUAAAUGAAAAAUUUUGUAAUCAAGGAUUCGAUCACAGUCAGGAAAAAUAUUCUUAAGAAUCAAAAAUCUACUAUAGAAUUCUACUAAAUUAAUUAUCAAGUAUUCUUGAGGAAGUCUAGAAGGCUGAAAAAAAUGAAAUGAUUAAGUUCAACAUUUUUUUUAAAUUUGGAGUUUUAGAUGGAUUUGAAUUUGUUACUUAAAAAUAAUGUCUUAAAAAAUAAAUAAUUGAAAUCAAUAAGAAAAGCAGUAAAAUAUACACUGAAUAUAAUUAGAUUUAAAUUAAUAUAAAAUAUGGAUAAUGAUUCUACAAAUUCUACUCAAUAAGUAGCAGAACCAGAAUAACAAUAGAGAAGUGCUUCCACAUCAGAAAUAGAAGAUCUCAUUGGCAAGAAAAUUCCUUAAGUAUUAGAAUGAAAAUAUCUAAUUAAUAGUUAUUGGUCUAGCCUGAGACAUAACACAAGCAAACAAUGGACAAUGAGGAAUAAUCAAAAAUGUUGAAAAUGUUAUUAUUUAGUGAGUCUCAACUAGCCCCAACUUAGCCA